UUCCGCGGCUGCGCCGAGGAGGCGGGCGCCGCCAGAGCAGCGGAGGCACAGCACGGAUGAGGCGCAUGCGCGGUGCUGGACGGCGCUGGAGCUGCGGGCCCGGCGCGGGCUCGCGGAGGGGUCGCGGGGCAGCCGUUGGCGGGGGCGAGGCGGGGGGCGGCUGGCGCGGCCUGGCGGGCGGCUCGCCGCAGCAGCUGGCGGAGCGAUACGCGGACUUGGCCGCCAGCCACAGCGAGGCGGUGCGGGCCCGCGAGGAGCGGGAGCGCCAGAACACGCGGCUGCGGGACGAGAACGCGCGGCUGCGGCUGGAGAACCGCCGGCUGCGCCGGGAGAACCGCAGCCUCUUCCGCCAGGCGCUGCUGGGGCCCGGCCCGGAGCCCGACGCGCCGCCCCGCCCGUGCUCCGCCCCCGAGCAGCCGCGGGAGGAGGAAGCGGCGCUGGCGGCCCAGCUGCGGCGGCUGCAGGAGCGGCACCGCCGGGCCCUGCAGCAGCUGCGGCGCCGCCGCGCCCAGGACGGGCUGGAGGAGGACGGGGAGCUGGACGAGCUGCUGCGGGAGCUGGACGGGGAGCAGCCGCCGCCGCCGCCGGAGAAGAGCCUGGUGCCGCCCCUAUAACCGGGGGAGGCUGGCGGGGCUCCGCAGUGCUUUGGGGACCCCCCCCCUUUGGUGCCUGAGGCGGACCCAGCUGGCUGCACCCUGCGGCCGCCUCACCGCGGGGCUCCCCUGCCCCACAGGGAGUGCGGGCCCCAGAAGUAGGCGCGGGAGCUUCCUGCAGGAGCAGCCACAGCAGCUGGAGGAGCCCCACGCGGCAGGAGGGAAAGGGCCUCACAGCGCAGGUGCCUCGUGCCCUUGGGUGUUGAGGAGAAGUUCGUCCUAGAGGGAGAAAUGGAUUCUGGACUUUGCCGCCUCCUGGCAUUGCCCUGUCUGCCUUCUCAGCUUUGAGUUUGGACCUGUGUCUCUAGUUAUCUUUGUGCAGGAGUGAACAAAUCUCACAGAGGCCACAAUAGCCCUGUAGAUGACCCAACAAUGGCACAUUUUUUAGCCUGCUACUAGGUUUUAGUACCCAUGUAUAUCAGUUUAAAAAAUGAAAAGUUUGUGUGCCAGAUUUAUUGUGACAGCACUUUAAAUGAAAGCUGAUAAUCCUCAGAAUCCUUCUGAAUUGGUUGGAUAUCAUCUGCCACUCCAUUCUCUGUAUAUCUUUGACUAUUGAUUUGUUCAUCCUUGACUGUUGCAUAAUUGGUCUAGACAUGGCAAGUCCAAUUCAUAAAACCACAGGUCAUACUAAAUAAAUCCUUGACAACCAAAA